CAGCUGGCAGGCAACUGACGCUGCGGGAGCCUGAUUUAGGGGUCCUAGGUGGCUGAUUUGAAUCAAAAUCCCGGGCCGGAUUCCAGAACCAUCCUCCGUAACACUCCGCUCUCGCAGCUGCGGAACGACGCACGACACCCAACCGCCAAGCGCGCGUUGAACGUACGCCAGCAUAUCGAGCCGUCGCUGCCAACACUCGAACGAGACCCGUCUCAUCAUCAAAAUGUCCCGCGGAAACCAGCGCGACAAGGCCCGCGAGGCCAACAUGAAGAAGCAGGCCGCUCAGAAAAAGGCCCACGGCAUGAGCGGCAGCGAGCUAGCCAAGGCAAAGGAGCUUGCCGCACAAAAGAUGCGUGAGAAGCAGGCUGCUGGUAUGCGCCCAUCCCUUUCACCAGAGUCGUCCGGGCCCGUAAUAAGGAGACCUUCUUCGCGGGCUCCCGGUUCCUGGUCUCCGAUUCCCGACACGACCACAACCAGCCAUACUAACUCCGCUUUCAGCUGAUGCUCGGAAGGCCGCCGAGGCCAUGGCCGCCAAAAAGAACGAGGCGAAGAAGCGUGUUGCGGUUCCGGCCUGAUACCAGGAAAGCAGCAACAACAAACGACAGAAACGGCAUCUUUUACACACAGCAUGGCGAAUGCAUCUUGUUAAGGCGAAUCAUGGGAUCUGAACGGGGCGUCAAGUCAGGUUGGGGACAGAUAUUCAUACGCCCUCACAUCAUUGGAGACGCAAGGGAUCGCUUGCUGGCUUUUAUAGGCGCAGAUGAGAGGGGUGUUGCGGAGCGUGUGAUAGGCUGAUUUUGCCCUUUUGUCAACAGGCGCGAACUCGGAAUUGGG